AUGUCGGCCUCACUUCCCCCAGACCUCCGGGUUCUCUGCCGCAAGCUCACUUCCAUUCCCCCCGCUCAACUUCCUCACGCCCUCCCCUCUCUCAUCAACCAUGUCUUGCACUGCAAGGAGCCCUUGUCAGCUGCCCAUGAGCAGAGGCCCAAGGACAAAUCCACCGAAGCCUCCCAGCUUGUCCACAAACUCAAGGCCAGCAUCACCACUCUCUUGAAUGGUCGUAACCGCGAUGCUCGGUUUGCUGCCAUUGGCCUCAUCAAGGCUACGGUGGACGUUGGAGGAUGGGAGGUCCUGCGAGGAACCGAGCCAUGGGUUCGCGGCCUGUUAUCUGUGAUCCAGAAAGCCGAUCCUAUAGCCUCCAAAGAGCUUGCUAUUGUGACGUUGACUAGGAUUUACAUGCUGGUCCACCCCUACCAGACUCUCGUCCGAGAGAUCGCUACCCCCACCAUUCCAGCAUUCAUCACCGCUUGCGUUGCGCUUAUCAAGAAGUCUCCCUCAGGAGAGCCUCCUAAGACGCCGUCCUCUGUCAUCGAGACCAUCUGCGACGCCUUCUCUGCAUUGAUUCCUCUCUACCCAACCACCUUCCGUCCUUUCAGCUCCCAACUCAGAACCGCCACCCGCUCAUAUCUCGCACCCACACUGGCAGACGACUAUGUCAUCCCCAGCAGUUUAACCCGAGCCGCACGACGCCUGGUCAUUUCCCUUCAUCAUGUUGCGGCAAAGUCAGGAGGUAGCGAUGAGUGGGCCAAGCUAGUUGCUGGCCUUCUUAAGGAACUUCACGCCACUGCCGAUCAAGUACUCAGAGCUGUGGAUGAGUCUUGGGAUGGAUCAAGUGGCUUCACUCGGUCAAAGGUCGAACUCGGCGGGGAGCCGUACGGCGGCACCUCAUCCUCUGAUGGCCUGCCGGACUGGUCAGGGAUCAACGCCGGCACAGACCGCUUGGUCGGAUUGUUCCAGUACCUCGCGGAUUGUUUACGGUAUCCUACAAAGGCCCCAGUCACCAUUCCCACCAGUUCCCUUGUGGAUGCCGCGUCCCGGGUAUUCUUGAUUGCCCGGCUGUCGCCCAAGUCUCAAAGUUGGGACCAGGCCCUCCAAACCAACGCCGCGAUCGGUCGAGAAGAGAAGGAUGAGCUUUGGAGCUUGAUGCCAGAGAUUCACAUCGCAGCUCUCCAACUCCUGCAGGUGCUCUUUCAGCGUUUAGGGCAGAACACAGUGUCUCUCGUGCCCGAGGUUCUAGACCAUGUUGUUCGAGUCGUCAAAUCCGGAAUGAAUCUCCCCACCGUUCGCAUGACGGGAUACUCUGUUCUGAAUGACAUCCUCAAGCUGGCCGGUCCCACUCUAUCAAAGCCAUCUGUAGAUAUGCUCGAUGCCCUGCUUGGUGCCUGCUGCCGAGAUCUUCAGCAAGACGCUGGUCAUCUCAAGCAAACCGACAAGCCCACCGCUUCUGGCACCGAUUCCAAAAAGAACAGCCUUGCUGCCAACGCGGACCUCUUCCUGCAACCCCAAGCCUCUGCCGUCGUCGAAACGACUACACUCCAGCCUGAUCACAAGGCUGCCGCCGCCGCUCUCCUCGUCAUUAUUCCAUCACGGCUACCCCAGCAACACCUCAAACCCUCGUUGCGUGGCCUCGUUGAUCAGACUGCCAUCCUAACUCGCAACCGCGACGCCAUGGUCUCCAGUGUCCUGAACCCUUUCAAGGACCAGCGCGGCCGUGUUUACCCCAACAUCCUGCCCCACCUCACCCAACAGUUCCCUGGCGACCAAGAUUUGGAAAUCUUGCGGACCAAUCUCCGUGCUGGUGCACAAAUCUUGGCCGAUGGAGAGGCACCGCUUGAGGAGCUCCCUGUUGAACAGGAGGAUGAAGAUGAGGAGAUGGAGGAUGCCGCCGUUGACGAGAAACCACUUGCUCAGGAAACAAAUGAAGACCUGUUCAAGCCAGGCACGCUCUCUGCUGUACCUGAAACUGAGAAGAGCCUGCCUAUCCAGACCAACCCAUUUGAACCCAAACCUACUGCCGAUGGCGAGGCGCGUCACAGAGCGGCCUCCCCGCCCAAGCGGAAACACGAGGGAUCUGACCCGACUCCUCCCAAGAGACAAGUGCGGGAGAAGGCUUCCUCACCAGUGCGCCCAGCUGCUGCACCAGUUGCCGCAGUUCAGGAAGACGACGAUGAAGACGAUGAUGAUGACGAGAGCGUGCACUUGAACAUGGAACUUGAGGAUGACGAAGAGGAGGAGGAGGAUGAAUAG